AUGUGCUCAGCCUUUCGGCUUCUGCAUGCACUAGUGCUGAAACACACAAACAUUCACACUAACGCCCCUUUUCUUUUUACUAGUAUUAAUUUAUGUGCAAGUUGACACAACAUUGCCAGAAAAUUCUCACCAUAAAAACUCUUCUAAGGCUAAAUUCCUUUCCACUUUCUGUACAACUCAGAGUCUUUUCCUUGAAUUCUUGAAAUUCCCUCAUUCCUCAGUACCCAAUUUGAAAGUAACGUUUCAGCACUAUUACCACUGUAGUGUCAUUUUCUAUCUCUUCAUUUAAUUCGGCACUUAGAAAAUCGAAAUGGCAUCGCUAUCAACCAGUGCUGCGCCUUUGUCACUACUUGUUAUAUUUUACAUGACAACUGCAUUAUUCAUGAGUAGCCACGUCGUUACUGCUAGGUACCAUCACCACGGACACCGCGGCCACCACAAUAAGAAACAACACAAGCAUAAUUCCCACAUAUCAUAUCCGCCUUCAAUUUCACCUGAGCCUUCUGAUUCUCCCGUGGACAUAGGGUUUUAUGAUGUGAGGUCUUUUGGGGCACAGGGUGAUGGCAUUGCGGAUGACACUGAAGCUUUUAAGGCAGCAUGGGAUGCUGCUUGCCAAGUUGAGUCAGCGGUCAUUCACGUCCCUGUUGGUUACUCUUUCAUGAUCCAAUCCACUAUUUUCACUGGUCCUUGUCAAAAUGGUUUGGUGUUUCAGUUGGAAGGAAGUAUAAUGCCUCCAGAUGGACCGGAGUCGUGGCCGAGCAACAACACUAAGCGGCAGUGGCUGGUAUUCUAUAGAGUAAAUGAGUUGUCACUGCAAGGUGGAGGCGUCAUAGAUGGAAGAGGAGAAGAGUGGUGGAACCUUCCUUGCAAACCCCAUAAGGGACCUAAUGGAAGUACACUGCCUGGACCAUGUGACAGCCCAAUUGCCAUUAGAUUCUUCAUGAGCUCAAAUCUAACAGUUCAAGGAAUUAAGAUGAAGAAUAGCCCACAAUUUAAUUUCAGAUUUGAUAACUGCAAGAAUGUGCAUAUUGAAUCCCUACACAUUACAGCUCCCGCCUGGAGUCCCAACACUGAUGGCAUUCACAUUGAACAGACAAGCAAUGUUGAAAUAUAUGACUCACUCAUCUCUAAUGGUGACGAUUGUGUAUCCAUAGGAGCAGGAUGUUACGAUGUGGAUAUUAGGAAUCUCACAUGUGGACCUGGAGGACAUGGAAUCAGCAUUGGGAGUUUAGGCAACCACAAUUCGCGAGCAUGCGUAUCAAACAUCACAGUAAGGAACUCAGUUAUAAAGGGAUCGGAUAAUGGAGUGAGGAUCAAGACAUGGCAAGGCGGAUACGGAGCAUUAUCAGGAGUUUCCUUCCUCAACAUUCACAUGGACAAUGUACGAAAUCCCAUUAUAAUCGAUCAAUUCUACUGCCUAUCGAAAGACUGCAGCAACCACACCUCAGCAGUGUCCAUUUCGGAUAUUGAGUACUCGAGCAUAAAAGGAACGUACGAUAUCAGAAGCCCGCCAAUGCAUUUUGCUUGUAGUGACACUAUCCCGUGCACUAACAUAACACUUUCGGACAUAGAACUUCUGCCUGCUCAAGGCGAUUUAGUGUUGGAUCCGUUCUGUUGGAACGCGUAUGGCGGACAAGAGACGCUUAUUAUACCUCCUAUUUUUUGCUUGUUAGAGGGAAAUCCUCCUGCAGUGUUUGCGAGAAACGACUUGGGGUAUUGUUCGUGAAAUUUUAUUUGCACGGAUAUUUUAAUUAAUAUUGCCUGAUUGUGCGGUCCGUUUUUGUAGUUUCUGUACAUAUCAGGUUUAUAAUAUAGAUUGAUGGAUUUGAGAUGGGAAUCAUCCGAAACAUCGAUCUUUAUAAUGUAAUUUAGAUAAGAAGGGGAGCUUAUUGCUUACAUUGGGUACACCCUUGAGAUUAAGUAUAGUCUAAGCUUUCUCAAUUCAGUACUUGAUGUGAUAUUUUUGUGUGCUUAUGUUAGUAAUAUAGUUUAGUUUCUUCUGUUUUAUACUUUCAAGAAGUAAUGGCACGAGUGUUUUAUCUAUCA